AAUGAAUGAGCUUUCGUAUUGUUGCAAAAACCAUCCAAAUGAAUACGAAGUCAAGUAUAAUACUGUGGACUAUUUCCUAGAUAGAUACGACGAAGAAGAAGGUAAUAAGGAAUGUAUGAUUUUUUAUGAUUCUUGUAUGAGACGAUCUUCUCUUACGAGAUCUCAAUGGAGCAAUCAAUCGCUUCAAUUUGCUUAUAAUCUCUUCGGAAAAGGUAAAAAAGGCGAUGUGUAUUGUCUUCUUUUACCAAAUAGACCAGAAUUUGCUAUAUCAUUUAUUGGACUCCAAAGGUUGGGUUUCAAUACUUUGCUUACUCCAAGAACAGAAUUUCUGCGUUUAUUGCUCAAUGAUUUUAAAUUCAAAGGAUUAGUAACAUUAUCAAGCUAUUGGAAAAGAUUUUCAGACAAUAAGAAAGCACAAGACCUUUCUCAUAUUAUUCUAAUAGAGGAUGAGAAAUUGGACAAUGUUACAGAUAAUGUUAUACUUUAUAAAGAUUUAAUAAAGGAAUGUUCAAUGAAACCAAAGUUACCGAGAGUUCAAAAUGACGAAGACCUAAUUAUAUUAACAACAUCGGGAUCUGUAGGAAAACCGAAACUUGUUCAGGUUCAUCAAAAAAAAUAUCUUGGAAAUAUAAAUAAAGCACUUAUGAAUUCUAUAGCAGGGGAUAAUGUUAUUUUCAGCGAUAGACCUUUAGCAUAUUCGGGUGGCCUUACGCUUAUUUUUGGAUUUUUAUCUGGAUUACAGGUUGUUAUGACAGAUUAUCCGUGUUCAAAUCAAGGUUCUUUUACAACAAAAGAUAUUGCUACUAUUAUUUCAAAGGAGAAUUGUUCGAGAGUAGUCUUAUUUGCCUAUUUAAUAUGCGAUAUGGUCAAUAGUCCAAAUGAUUUUCGACUAAUUGCCAAACAUGCUAAAGUGAUACUUACCGGCGGUCAAGCGAUCUGUAUGUCAACUAUACAUCACAUAUGGGAAAUUGCUCCUUCUCUACCAGUUGUUGAAGUUUAUGCUUCAACUGAAAUGGGAAGAGCUUUUUUAAAAACUCGAACGAAAGAAGAUCCAAAUCCAUUUCCGGUAUUGCCUGCUGGAACUGAAUUCAGUAUUCGCGAUGAGAAUGGAGAUAUUUUAGAAAGGGGUGAAAUUGGAGAAAUUUGGGUAAGAAAUAAGACGAUGAUGAUCUGCUACUUUAAUGAUCCGGAAAACACUUCGAAAACUCUUAAUAAAAAUGGAUGGAUAAAAACUGGAGAUUUAGCAUUGAUGACCGAUGAUGGAAACAUUAAAUUUCAGGGUAGAUUGAAUGACGUUAUCAAAAUAGCCACUUUAAAAACUUAUCCAUUACCAUUUGAAAAUGUUAUGAACAAUAAUAAAUGUAUAGAAAUUUGUGUUGUUCUUGGUCUACCGGAUGAAAGGUUAGGAUGUCAUCUAUGCUUAGUUGUUAAACUGAAAAAAGAAUGGAUUCAUAAAGAAACGGAAGCCCAUAAAGAAAUUGAAGACUAUUGGAAUGAGAAUUUUAAAAGUGAUGUGGAAGGUGGCGUCGUGCAUACUUUAAAGAAAAUAUUUUUUAUAACUGAGUGGCCACUGACAUCCAGUACAAAAAUUUUAAGAAGAAAGCUGUAUGAUAUGUUUAAAAUAUAA